AUACGAUUCACUUUCAAGAUGCCUUAAUUCAUCAAAGUGUUCUAGAGAGAGAGAGAGAGACUCAUCUUCUCUCUCCUAAGAAUAAGUUAACAGAGAGUCCCGUGGAGUAGUUAUUGGAGGCCAUUUUUUCUCAACAUCCUCCCAAAAAUAGGCAAAGAAUUGCUCUUGACCUUUGAUAUUAUAUUUCACCAUCUGUGUUUGCCAAUUGGCAUUUUCAUCUUUCUUUUUUCUUUCUAAGUAGAACACUGUGAAUUACACACCAUGCACAAAAUGCAUAAGAGUUUUAGAACAUUGGUGCACAAUGACCAUUUCUUGAAGCUCCUAAAUAACCAAAAAUCUAGGUUCCUCAGACCGGAACUUUACAGCACUUCGGCUCAUGCUGGCCGUGCGAUCACCAGCAAAGCGGCUGUUGCUUGGGAAGCAGGGAAGCCCUUGGUGAUAGAGAAGGUGGAUGUUGCUCCACCGCAAGCCAAUGAAGUUAGGGUCCAAAUCAAAUACACCUCUCUUUGUCACACUGAUAUCUACUUCUGGGAAGCUAAGGGCCAGACACCAUUGUUCCCUAGGAUUUUCGGACACGAAGCAGCUGGCGUCGUUGAGAGUGUUGGUGAAGGCGUUAAGAACCUCAAGCCGGGGGAUCAUGUGCUUCCAGUUUUCACUGGGGAAUGUGGGGAUUGUCCACAUUGCAAGUCUGAGGAAAGCAACAUGUGUGAGCUGCUGAGAAUCAAUUGCGAUAGAGGAGUCAUGAUUGGUGACGGGAAAGCAAGGUUUUCGCAGAAUGGGACUCCGAUUAAUCACUUUCUCGGCACAUCCACGUUUAGCGAGUACACAGUUAUCCACGAAGGCUGCCUUGCCAAGAUCGACCCAAAGGCACCAUUGGAUAAAGUCUGCAUCCUCAGUUGUGGUGUGUCGACUGGCUUAGGUGCCACUCUGAAAGUAGCAAAACCAAAGAAGGGUUCUUCAGUUGCUAUCUUUGGACUUGGAGCUGUUGGCCUCGCUGCUGCAGAAGGUGCAAGGAUUUCUGGGGCAUCAAGGAUUAUUGGGGUAGACUUGAAUCCCCAUAGAUUUGAGCAAGCCAAGAACUUCGGAGUAAACGAGUUUGUGAACCCGAAAGACCAUAACAAGCCAGUGCAGGAGGUUAUCGCUGAGAUGACGGAUGGUGGAGUUGACAGAAGCUUAGAGUGCACCGGGAACAUUAAUUCGAUGAUCUCCGCUUUCGAAUGUGUUCAUGAUGGGUGGGGUGUAGCGGUGCUUGUAGGAGUGCCAACCAAAGAUGCAAUCUUCAAGACAAACCCCAUGAAAGUACUUGAUGAAAGAACCCUCAAAGGAACAUUUUUCGGCAACUACAAGCCUCGGAGCGACCUUCCCUCUCUCGUGGACAUGUACAUGAACAAGAAACUGGAAGUAGAGAAGUUUAUAACGCAUCGACUUCCUUUCUCGGAGAUCAACAGAGCUUUUGACCUAAUGUUGAAGGGGGAAGGCUUGCGGUGCGUCAUUAGCAUGGAAGAGUAGGAUUAAUGUCCAAAUUCAUAUACGA